CGCGGGUGCUGGGGGCUCGAGAACCGAGCGGAGCUGGUUGAGCCUUCAAAGUCCUAAAACGCGCUGCCGUGGGUUCGGGGUUUAUUGAUUGAAUACCGCCCAAGCGGGAGACUUCUGCAAAGAGGGAGCGAGAGAUGGAAAUGGAGAAACGGAUUCAUUUAGAGCUGCGGAACAGGACGCCCUCCGAUGUGAAAGAGCUUAUCCUGGACAACUGUCGGUCAUAUGAUGGUAAAAUUGAAGGCCUCACAGAUGAAUUUGAAGAACUGGAGUUCUUGAGUACAAUCAACGUAGGCCUCUCCUCAGUUGCAAACUUACCAAAGUUAAAUAAACUUAAGAAGCUUGAACUAAGUGAUAACAGAAUCUCCGGAGGACUGGAAGUAUUGGCAGAAAAGUGCCCAAACCUCACACAUCUAAAUCUAAGUGGAAACACAAUAAAAGACCUCAGCACAAUAGACCCGCUGAAAAAGUUAGAAAACCUCAAGAGCUUAGAUCUUUUUAAUUGUGAGGUAACUAACUUGAAUGACUACAGAGAAAAUGUGUUCAAACUCCUCCCUCAACUCACAUACCUUGAUGGCUAUGACCGGGAUGAGGAGGAGGCCCCUGACUCAGAUGCUGAGGGGUAUGUGGAGGGACUUGAAGAUGACGAGGAAGAUGAGGACGAGGAGGAGUAUGACAAAGAUGCCCAGGUAGUGGAAGACGAAGAAGAUGAUGAUGAGGAAGAGGAAGGAGAAGAGGAGGACGUGAGUGGAGAAGAAGAGGAGGAUGAAGAAGGUUACAAUGAUGGGGAAGUAGAUGAUGAAGAAGAUGAAGAUGAAGUUGGUGAAGAAGAAAAGGGACAAAAGAGAAAACGAGAACCUGAAGACGGGGGAGAUGAAGAUGACUAAAUGGAAUAACCUAUUUUGAAAAAUUCCUAUUGUGAUUUGACUGUUUUUACCCAUAUCCCCCCCCAACCCCACCCCCCCAAAACUUAUUUUUUUCUGAUUGUAAUGUUGCUGUGGGAAUGAGAGGGGAAAAGUGGAUUGGGUGGGGGGUGGGAAGGGGUGGAAUAAAGUACUAUUUUUACUGCCGCUCUUAAA